GAGCCGGGAGUUUGGCCUGCCACAGUCAAGGUCCAGGCUUUAAUAUUGAUGGUUCGCAAAGACCUUGCUGACACUGGGCAAAUCAGUGGUUUGGUGCAUGUGGUGACGCAAGCUUUGCCCAGUCAGCUGGGGCAAAGCUCCGUGCAGGAGGUCAAGGAGUACGUGAAGACA